CGGGAAAGGAGAACCGAGCGGAAGCGUUCCCCGCCUCCUGCAGCCGGGCGAGGGCCGGGAGACGGGGCCCUCUUUCCCGCUCCGGGAGGUCGGCUCCGCGGGGAGGCGGCGAGCGGCACACCGAACCGGCGCGGCCCAGAACGGCGGCUCCGUGGCACGGCGGAACCGGAGGCGCCGGCUCCGUUUCCGGCGGAGCGGCGUUCGCGCUGACGUGCUGAGGCCGGGGCGCACCGCCGCCAUGAUGGCGCUGCGCGCUGCUCCCCGGCCCGGCCGGUGGCUGGCGCGCGCGCUCCUGGCACCGGGGGCGGCCCGCGCAGCCCCGCUCACCGCGCGGGUCCGGGCCCCGUCACUGCCGAGAGCCCUCCCCGCGCUCCCCGCCGCGCGCUUCGCCAGCAGCGGGCCGGAGGGAGAGGGGCCGCAGCGGCGGGUGGUGGUGGUGCGCAUCACCAACCCCCUGGCGUGGCUCCGCACCCGCUUCUACUACUUGCUCAUCCGCCUCUACUUCGACUCGGAGUUCAGCAUCGAGGAGUUCACGCGCGGCGCCAAGCAGGCCUUUUCCGUUGUUUCACAGCUGUUGUCUCAGCGUAAACUUGACCUACUAGAUGGCCUGGUUUCAGCAGAAGUACUUCAGAUGUUGAAGGAAAAGAUUUCUUCACUCUCUGAGAACCACAGGGAUGCUUUGGCAGCUGACAUGGAUGCAAUCAUGUACACGACAGAAGGAGAUGUUCGCAUUUACUACGAUGAUGAUGGAAGAAAGUUUGUUAGUAUCCUGAUGCGUUUCUGGUAUCUGAAUGGUGCUAACCUACCUGAUGAAGUACCAGGUGAAACCAAAGUCUUCCAGGUUGUGUUUGGAGAUGAAAGCACAAAGGAAAAAAGACAUCUUUUAACAGCGAACUAUGAGUUCCAAAGGGAAUUUACGGAAGGAGCAAAACCAGACUGGACAAUUACACGAAUUGAACAUCCAAAGCUAUUAGAAUAAAUGCCUUCUGCAGGGUCUUUACAUUAUAAAUGUUCUGUUGUUACAAAUAUCAGAAGUUUUGGUCUAUUUUUUUUCCUCUUUUCCAAAAGGAGGGAAGAACUUUGUAUAUUUGAUUUACUCGAAAUUGUUUCUGAAGUUUACACUAUGUUGAAACUUUGCAAUAAAGCCUUUUCCAUGGAA